AUGAUCGAUCCUUCAGAUGUGGUCACCAAUGCGAAUCCUCAGAGUAUUAAAGAUGCGGCCAUUGAGAAUCUUCGCCCAGUCAGUGUAAUCGUCAUUGGAGCUGGCUUUUCUGGAAUUUAUUGCGGUGUUCGAAUACCCGAGCGACUUCGCAAUGUCAACCUAAAGAUCUAUGAGAAGAAUGCUGGAGUGGGAGGAACAUGGUACGAGAACAGAUAUCCAGGCUGUGCCUGCGAUAUUCCAUCACACUCUUAUCAGUAUACUUUUGCUCCAAAUCCAAAUUGGAGCAGCUUUUAUGCUCCUGCACCAGAAAUUCGACAAUAUUUGGAAGAUGUUGUCAAAAGGUUCUCGGUAGACAGGUUUAUCAAAUGUUUGCACGAAGUUAUUGGUGCUCAAUGGGACGACAAAAAGGCAAAAUGGAAGGUCCAAGUUAAGAACCUCGAGACAGGGGAGACUGUUACCGAUGAGGCCGACGUUGUAAUCAGUGCCCGGGGUACCUUGAACAACAUAUCCUGGCCAACAAUCGAAGGACUGUCUGACAUCAAGAUUCCUGUAAUGCAUUCUGCAGCCUGGGACAUGAACUAUGACUUCAAAAACAAACGAAUUGGCAUCAUCGGAGGUGGUAGUAGCGCGAUACAGAUCAUUCCUUCGCUGCAGAAAGUGCCUGGAGCACAGCUGAGUUGCUUUAUCAGGAGCAAGACUUGGAUCUCUAGGCCGUUUGGUGACAUUGCAAUGGAGAAACUUGGAAUCAAAGAAACAUACUUCUCCGCAGAGCAGAAAGCUCGGUUUGCAAACGACCCAGAACACUAUUUGGAGUUCCGGACAAAAAUAGCACGUGACGCAAAUUCGGCACACGCUUUGACAUUGAAAGGCAGUAAAUAUUCAGAAGCAGCUAGAGAUGAUUUCACAGAACUCAUGAAAGAAAGACUUGCAAAAAAGCCAGAGAUUUUUAAGGCGCUCUUGCCCUCAUUCAGUGUAGGCUGCCGAAGACUAACGCCAGGGCCUGGAUAUCUCGAAGCACUUGUAGAAGACAACGUCGAUUUCAUUGACACGCCUAUUCUGAAAGCAAGCGCGAAUGGUCUGAUACUCAAGAGUGGUGAAGAAAGGGAACUGGACGUCCUUGUCUGUGCAACAGGUUUUCAAGCAUCUGCACCCCCUGUUUUCCCGGUCAUUGGAAGGAACGGCCAGUCCAUGAAGGAGAAGUUUGAGCCAUGGCCGGAGACUUAUCUAUCUCUGGCUACUGAUGGAUUUCCAAACUACUUUAUGAUGCUAGGACCCAAUGCUGCGAUUGGGACUGGCUCAUUGACGGUAAUGAUGGAGAUGACUGGCGACUACAUCAUCAAAUGUAUUCGCAAGAUUCAGAAAGAAAAUAUCGCUAGAAUGGAAGUACAAAAGCGAAGAGUCCAGGAUUUCUCGAGGAUCAUUGAUCACUAUUUUCAAAAGACUGUCUACGUUGAUGAUUGUAGUAGUUGGUAUCGGAGCAAUGGAGGGAAGGGGGAUCAGGUUACUGGUCUCUGGCCGGGAAGCACGUUGCACGCAAUGGAAUGUCUACGAUCGCCAAGAUGGGAAGAUUUCGACUACGUAUAUGAAGGAGAGAAUGACGGAGAAGAGUGCAAUAGGUUAGCUUGGAUUGGAAAUGGCUGGUCUAUCGUGCAGACUGAUUCACAAGAGGGCGAUCUGGCUCACUUCUUACAACCAGGCAUGGUUAACAUACCUGCCGAGCCAUUUCCCGAGGAAACCAGCAUAUUCAAGAUGAGGCCGUUUUCUUACUAG